AUGCCGCUGGCGGCUGUACCGAGGUUCCUUGUGUUUGACAGUGGCGUUUGUGACCAGAGCAAGAAGGAAGAAAAAGAAGUAGAAGCAGAAAAAAAAAUUCCUCAGGAGAAAAGUGAACUCAGCCUGAUCUGUCCCCCACCACGCAACAGAAACUAUCUUCCUCCAGAGGAUAUACAGAGCUGCCUUGAGUUUCUUGUCAAGAAGAUUUUUGGACCCUCACUUCCUGAUAAUUGGCAGCAGACACCCCUCAAAGAAACCAGGUUAAAGUACUGCCUCCUGGCUCAGCUGGCAGCAGAACUUGAUCAUGCUGUCCCUAAUUCACAGCUCCACCUGAUGCGCACUGCUGAGGAUGUCUUGAAUUUCUAUAGCACUCCUGUGAAGGAUAUGUCCAAGUUUGAUGAACUGUGCGCUGCAGAGCUACCCCCGAACCUGAAGAUUAUCUGGGAGCAGUGA